AUGGCAUUUUUUUCGACGAUUACACCGUGGUUUCGGCUACCACGACCCAAAACCUUCCUUGGCUUCGUUCCCCUCCAGCUGGGCACGGGGCUUAUCGUGCUCACGCUGCUGUUCAAUAAGCUCACCGGCCUCUAUGGCGUGUUGGCCUUGAUUACGGGCUUCUCCUUAAACGCGACGCAGUUGUCGGCCUAUUUCUACAACAUUGCUGUCCUUGUGACAGUCGCGAUUUGCCUCCCUCAUAUCAGACGGGAGACGCCAUUGCCGAAUCUGGUGUUGGCUUGGGUAUACGCCAUCGACACAAUUGCCAAUGCUGCCUACACGACUGUCUUUGCGAUCGGCUUUUACAAUGCUGUAAGAGCAGGCAAGUACGGAUUAGUCCCCGGCGCAAUAGACUCCCUCACGGACGCGACAAUAUCAUCGCUGGCGGUGGCGACGGCGUUGAUUCCGACGCCAACAUCUGCGUCGACAAUAGUCCGCCGGGAUGCAGAGACAAUAGCGACUGUCACCGCGGGCCUCGCAACGGCAACAGCGAAUGUGGCAACGGUGACGAGCUCAUCGAUCGCUGCAGUGACAGCAACAGUAUCACCGAUACCAACGGCCGGCAGCGGCGGGUGGAUGGGAGCUCACGAGGCCUCGGCCAGCCUGACGCUGGUUGUGAUUGUCACUGUGGUGCGAGUCUACUUCAGCUUGGUCUUAAUGUCCUAUGCACGACGUGUGCUGCAGCGGUACAGCGAGCAUGUAGCGAACCUGAUCCCUCUCCCAUACGACGAUAGCGAGAACGAUGCAAACGAAGACAAGGGAGAAGAAGGUUCCGGGUGGGCAUCCCACGAUGCUGGGGACGACGAUAUUGACGAUGAAGAGGCCGGCCUCAAUUCUGGUAUGCGGUCUUCUCGCGGGCGGUCCAGCCGUCGCCGUAAUCAUGGCCGUCGCUCCAACAAAAGCGGCAGUGGCAGGGGCAACGGCGCCAACCCGUUUGCAAUUGGCUGGCCUGCGGGAGAGGGUUGGAAGGGCAAGGUUGGCCGGGCGCUCGUUACAGUGGGCCGCGGCUACUGGCUCAACCGUGAACGAGACGACAACUGGUCACGCGACAUUGGAGCCAAGGUCCGGUCGCCGUGA